AUGGCAUCCAACGCGACUUAUUCCGAAUUACCUCCUCUUCCAGCAUACACUCUAAAGCCCCUCCCACCACUUAUUCCCGGCUUACCAGAUGAAUACUUGACGCUUGCUCUUCCGAUUAUCGCCUAUUGGGUUGUGUCGGGAAUCUUUCACGUGAUCGACGAACUUGACCUCUUCCCACAAUAUCGACUCCAUACACCCACGGAGGUGUCAAGUCGAAAUCGGGUCAGCCGAUGGGAUGUUUUCCGCGACGUAGUCGUGCAGCAGAUUGUGCAGACUAUAUUUGGAAUCGCGCUGGCAUAUAUUGAUGGAACGCCGAUGUAUGGCAAACAAGAGUAUGAUAUCGCGUGGUGGGCGCAGAAGAUAAGGCUAGCGCAAAAGGCCGUCCCGAUGGUGCUGGCCACUGUCGGAGUGGACGCCAAAUCUCUGGCCGGUAAUCUGGGAUCAUCGAACCCUGCACUGGCCGGUGUGCUCGCCGGAGGUCUUUACCCGGAUCUUGUUCAAGUCGUAUGGUCAUCGGGCGAAGGACAUGCAGCACCGGCAUUUGCUCCAUGGGAACUCGUCGCAGCAAAGAUUGUACACCAUGCUUUGGUUCCUGCAUUCCAGUUUUUCGUGGCAAUAGCCGUUGUCGAUACCUGGCAAUACUUCUUGCAUCGGGCAAUGCACAUGAACAAAUGGCUCUACACGACAUUUCACAGCCGCCAUCAUCGUCUCUAUGUGCCAUACGCAUAUGGUGCACUCUAUAACCACCCGGUCGAGGGCUUUCUUUUGGAUACGCUGGGCACUGGUGUGGCUUAUUUGAUAUCCGGAAUGACAGUCCGCCAAUCCAUGAUCUUCUUCACGGCUUCAACGAUCAAGACAGUCGAUGACCACUGCGGAUACUCGUUCCCAUGGGAUCCUCUGCAGCAUAUUACAAGCAACAAUGCAGGAUACCAUGACAUUCAUCAUCAGCUAGCUGGUAUCAAGAAUAAUUUCUCGCAGCCAUUCUUCACCUUCUGGGAUACUUUGCUGGGUACCAAAUGGACCGGCGGCAGCCUGAAGAGCAAGCGCGCACAAGCUACCUCAGCGCCAGUCGGCGGGGCCAGCAACGCCAAUGUGACCAAGUCACCAACCACGACGGUCGUUACCUCAAAAGCUUUGUCGAGUGAAGUGAUUAAUACCACCAAGCGCGUGCCUACAACAAAGGUGAAGAGCGGGUCCGCUCGCAAGAGGUCAACGGGAUCGGGUCUGAAAGGGUUUGCAGACCGCGUGGGCGACUCUCUGCAUGGAAAGGGUACAGGUGUAUUAGGUGUGGAGAACCGAAGCAGGUGAUCGUCCGGAACGUAUACGCUGGUUCUAUGGUCUAUUUCGCUGCAGCAGUCUUUGUCUUUAUGCCACCGAUGUGAUAUGCGUACAUUUCUCUUC